CACUUUACUUUCCCCCCAGGUAUCUCUUUCAGGCAGCGGUGGCCCACGAUGAUGCCUUUCAAGGGAUCUGGCCUUGUGCUCCUCACCUUUCUGGUGUCUGUUCUGGCACUGGGAGCCUAUUGUGAAACCCCCUAUGAGAAGUUCCUAAGGCAGCACUACGAUAAUCCCAAGAGCAAUGUUGGAAAGCAGUAUUGUGACGUCAUGAUGAAAAGACGCGGACUGGACAGACCAUGCAAGGAAGUGAACACCUUCAUCCACGGCACCAAGAAUAAUAUCAAAUCUGUGUGCACUGAUACUGGAGGGAAGGAUUAUGGGAACGGGCUGAGGAUCGCUCUCCGCCCCUUCACUGUCACCACCUGCAAGCACAAAGGCGGCUCAACUCGCCCACCUUGCAAGUACUCUGAUAACAAGUCAUCCAGAUACAUCGUCAUUGCCUGUAAUGAGAAUAAAGAGCCUGUGCACUUCGACGAAAGCAUCAUUGUCACAGUGUAAGAUUUCCAACGCCCAGAUCCCAAAUAUUCAGCUUUUUAACUAUUAUGCCAUCCCUUGCAACUCCACUGAAAACCCCCCCCUUUGCUGCCAUUCUGUCCAGCUCUGCUUUACUGCAAUUAAAAAACAAACAAAGAAAACACCCUUAAACCAUAGUGGCAAAGAAACCUGCUUUGAUUCUGUUAAACCAGCAAUGUCUGUCACUAUUAAAGUUGCAUAGCAUUUGA